UUCGCUACACUCGCAUUAACAUCUGCUAACCAUGUGUAUGUGACAAAUACAAUUUGAUUUGAUUCGAUUUCUUCUUGGUGUGAGUAUACAGUAUAUGCUCAAAUAGACUCUCUGACUCAGUUCUCAAAAAAGGUUGCGGCGACCCUUGUGGGCAUAGCUUUUACAGUGUAGGGAUACAAACACAGGCGAACUAAGUAAAUGGAAUGGGAGGAUAAAAACUAGACAAUCUGGUCCAUCCAUUUUCAUCAAACUUCUGAGAAUCUGCUCCACAAAUACAUACCAUCAGUGUUACAUCCGAGUCGUUGUGGAAAACAGAACAGAAGGAGAAAACACCUGAGGAUAACAUCAACUUACAAACCAAGGUAAAAAGUGCUGGGCAGGGUGUGUGGCUCUGACUGCCUUUACUGUAUUAGGUACGAUGAAGGUGCUGCUCGUCUUGGUUGCACUGUCUGUGGCCGUUAUCGGCAAGGAGACCUUUGAGGGGCACCAGGUGCUUCGUAUCACUGGGAAGGAUGAGUUCCAGCACUCUCUCCUGAAGGACAUGGCUAAGAUGGAACAUCUCCAGCUGGAUGUGUGGAUGGAGCCCAUUGACCUCUCCACUCCUGUGGACAUCAGAGUUCCCUUCACCAGCCUGCAGACUGUCAAGGCCUUCCUGGAGACUGAAGACAUCCCGUACUCCGUCAUGAUCAUGGACCUACAGGUUAUGUUGGACGAGGAGAAGGAGCAGAGGCUGAGUGCUGCACGUGCCACUGAGCCCAGAACCACAGAUGACUACAACUACACCAACUACCACAACGGGGAUGAGAUCUACAGUUUUCAGGACAUGCUGGUGGCUGAGAACCCCAAACUGGUCAGCAAGAUCGUGAUUGGUCAGAGCUAUGAGGGCCGCCCUCUGAAUGUGCUCAAAUUUAGCACUGGUGGCACCAACCGUCGUGGCAUCUGGAUUAACACUGGAAUCCACUCCAGAGAAUGGAUCACUCAGGCUAGUGGCACCUGGUUUGCCAAGAAGAUUGUGACUGACUACGGACAUGACGCCACACUCACUGCCAUUCUGGACAACAUGGAUAUCUUCCUGGAGAUUGUGACCAACCCAGAUGGCUACAACUACAGCCACAAAACUAACCGUAUGUGGCGUAAGACCAGGAAGCCCAACCCUGGCUCUUCCUGUGUUGGAACUGACCCCAACAGGAACUGGGAUGCUGGUUUUGGAACCGCUGGCUCUAGCGGUAACCCCUGCGAUCAGACUUACCGCGGGCCCAAGGCUCACUCAGAGUCUGAGGUCAAGUCCAUCGUGGACUUUGUCAAGUCUCAUGGCAACCUGAAGGCCUUCAUCGACAUCCACAGCUACUCCCAGAGGCUCAUGUACCCCUACGGCUACACUGCAACCCCUUGCAACGACCAGAGAGAACUGCACGACCUGGCUAGGAAGGCAAUCACUGGCCUGGCUAGCCUGUACGGAACCUCCUUCAGAUACGGCAGCGUCAUGACCACCAUAUACCGAGCCAGUGGCAUCAGUAUUGACUGGUCCUACAACCAGGGCAUCAAGUACUCCUACACCUUCGAGCUGAGAGACACCGGUCGCUAUGGUUUCAUCCUGCCAGCCAAUCAGAUCAUCCCUACUGCCAAGGAGGCUUGGCUAGCUCUGAUGGCCAUCAUGGAGCACACCAAGGACAACACCAACUAGGGGGGUCACCAUGACAACUACAGUAUACUGUCCAGAUUAACCAAUUGUAUAUCUCUCUUUGAUACGGUCAUGUGAAUGCCUGUGUAAAACAAAGUUAUGUUUGUCUGUACUGUUGUAGAUAUACAGUAUCUAGCUCAAGCUGAUGAUACCAUCCAGCCCACAAGAGUGCACUAGAAAUCACAUCAGUAAAAUGCUCAACAAAAUGACCAGUUCACAUCAGAAUAUACAUUGUGCGUUUUAUUUAAUAUACAAAAACUAAACUGAGACCAACCAGUUUAAUGGAUGGAGCGUAAUGACGGACAGUUAAUGUGUUCAUUGUCAGGAAUAGAAACGACAGUUGUCUUGCAUCUGAUAUACACAAACAGGCCAGACGUCAGCCUCAAAGGUAUUGUACUCCUCCAAAGACCACGUUUUACAGUAAAUGCACAAGACCCUGCAAUUUAUCUUCACCCCAAAAAUCGCUGACAAAGAAAAUACAACAAAGUUCACAACCUCAAAGCACAAAUACUGUUUCACAUUUAUCGGACGUAUUAAGAUCUCCUCGGGGUAACCAUGACUACCAUCCCAUAAUGCCCUACUCCACCAUGAUGAUGUUUCAUCAUAGGCUGCAUGACAUCACCAAAUCUUAUGAGAACAGACACAAACAUGUAGCGCUUCUGAGCAUCUCACUUCAUAUUAUAUCACAAUAUUCCAGGAGGAAGUUCCCCUUAGAGAAAAUAUCACAUAAAAAAUAUUACAUUUCACCUCUUAAAAUAGAGAAUGCCCUCAAACAACAACCAUCACCUCUGGUUAUUUGUAAUGUACAACAAAGCAUAUGGGAUAUAAUUUUAGUACCCCGCUACCAAGUGAAAUGACCUUAAGUUAAUGAGGGUUGAUGGAGAUGGACACGAUCAAUGGCUGACUGCUUUUUACCAAUGACAGGCAUCACACACAGAGACAGCCAGAGCGCGAACUGAAGU